CCCAAUGCCUGCAAAAAACGCGAAUCUCUCUCUCUCUCUCGGACCCUUUUGAAAGCGAAAUCGAACUACGGAAAAAACAAAUCAGUCUUAAAAAGUAACGGGAUCCGAAGGAAAAUACGAACCACAAUAGCUGCAAACCCUAACCCUAGCCGCGACUUACACCCCGUUCACUCCACUCCUCCUCCCCCUUCUCGUUCUCCGUGCACGUGAAGACGUUAGUCAGAGAUAAAUUAGGGUUGGGUUUUUUUUUUCCUUUUGUGUAGAUAAAGGUGGAUGUGAGGUGCCGAAGCCGAGCUAGAUUAGGAUUAGGGUUAGGGUUAGGGAUAGAGUUAGGGUUUCGGUGAUGGAAUGCGUAGGUGGUGGUUGUGGACGUUGUCGUUGUUGCUGAUGACCGGAUGCCAAUGUCACAGGUGGAAGAAGAUGAUGGGUAGGGGUGCGGACGGAGGUUGCGGCACCGUGGAGAGGCCUUGCCCUGUUUAUAGGGCUCCGCCCAAAAUUCCGGCGAUCCAAUCUGAAAUUCCAGACAAGCAGACUUCAGCAGACAUUGAUUUUUACUCGCAGGCUAGAAAAGCGCUCUGCGAGCGCUCGCCCUUCGACGUUUCCGAAGAUAAUUCGGCUAUCAGUUCGCCCACCUUGCCCAGAGGGUUGGCGAGUUUCUUGUGGAGGAGCUCGGAUAGUCGGAGGCGGCAUAAGAAGUCCCAUUCGGGCGCGGACAAGAAGUCUUCUCGGUCCACUCGGGGUUCCAAUUUUUGGUUUGAGACGGAGGAAUACUUUAGACACCUGACAUUGCAAGAUAUUGAUUCAUUGUUUGAGAUAUCUUCUCCUUUUAGUGCUUUAGCUACUAAGGAAUGUAUUCUGAUUCCGUUUUCGGAAAAUGCUCGGAGGACGAACGUUGAUAGUUGUGGAAAUGAGAAUGUGAAUGCGCAUGGUGAGAAUGGGGACGAAAAUUUGGUUGUUAAAGAGGAGUUGAAGAGUGAGGGUGGGCAGUCCAUGAAAAUUGAUAGCGUUGGAGCUGACGCUUCGCCUCAGGAUGGAAAAGGUAGUUCCGAGUCCCAUAUUUUUGGCGGUUUAGAGUGGCUUUUAGGAACUAAGGAGAAGGUUUCUUUAACUUCGGAGCGGCCAUCAAAGAAGCGGAAGCUUCUCGGUGGUGAUGCUGGGUUGGAAAAAGUUUUAAUUGCACGUCCUUGUGAAGGGAAUUCAUCUUUGUGCCAGUUUUGUUGUAUGGGUGACACGUGCAAGGAGUCCAACCAAUUGGUCGUUUGCAGUUCGUGUGAGGUUGCAGUACAUCAGAAGUGUUAUGGUGUGCAGGAGGAUGUGGGUGCAACUUGGUCGUGUGCAUGGUGCAAGAAGAAGAGUGAUUGCAGUGGUAUUGGUUCAUCGAAAACUUGUGUUCUUUGCCCCAAGCAGGGUGGUGCUUUAAAACCUGUUCAUAAGAGUGAUAAAAGUGGUGAAUCUAUGGAGUUUGCUCACUUGUUCUGUUGCCAUUGGAUGCCCGAGGUCUAUAUAGAGGACUUGACGAAGAUGGAGCCAAUCAUGAAUGUGGGAGGAAUAAAGGAAACUAGGAGAAAAUUGGUUUGUAACAUAUGCAAGGUGAAGUGUGGCGCUUGUGUUCGGUGCAGUCAUGGAACUUGCAGAACUUCCUUCCAUCCUAUAUGCGCGAGGGAGGCAGGAUUCAGAAUGGAGGUCUGGGGAAAAUAUGGAUGUGAUAAUGUUGAAUUAAGGGCUUUUUGCUCAAAGCACUCUGAUGUACUGGAGAGUAGCAGCAGUUCACAUGCAGGUGAUCCCUCUUUGGCUGUUGGUGGUGACUCCAAUGUUGCUAACCAUCUUCCUGUGGCAGUCUCUGUGAACAAGUCACCCAAGUUGAAGAUCAAUGGCCGAAAUGGAGAUAACGAUGCAGCCCAUAUGGGAACGUCUGAUACUAUCUCUGAUAAGUCAGGUGAUAGUGAAGUACAACAGAUAGAGUGUUCCAAUUUUGGAGUAAAUGCCAAGAUUAUGUUGGAAUGUGGUGACGCACAGCAACUCAUUAAUGUGGGAGAACUUGAGAGGAGCAAUGAGGAUGUUAACCUAUAUGCAUCCCUUGAUGUUGCACUGAUUUUGAAGAAGUUGAUUGAUCAAGGAAAAUUCAAUGUGCAAGAUGUAGCAUUGGAGAUUGGCAUUUCACCUGAUUCAUUAACAGCAACACUCUCUGAUGUUGGCAUGGUUCCUGACUUACAAAGCAAAAUAUUCAAAUGGCUUAGAAAUCACACUCAUAUAAGUACCUUACAGAAGAAUUUGAAAGUUAAAGCAAAUUCAGCAAAUUCAUGUGAGGAUGAAGUUGGGACAGCUUUUGAAUCUGAUGUGUUAACAGUAUCGGAGUCUCAUAUUCCAGAUCCUGUUACUGUUAAGUCAGUACCCCUACGGAGAAGAACCAAAAGCAACAUUAGGAUUUCGAAGGAUAACAAAUUAAUAUGUUCGUCAGAUGAUAUUUUGAGUGACAAUGGAAUGGUGAUGGAUAGGAUUAAAGUAGAUCCAAUCUGCAGCAGAGAUCCAUAUAAUAAUUCAAGUAAAUCAUCAAUCUCCAAUGCUGCUGAAAAGGACUCCAAUGAGGCUGAUGAGGCUGAAGAUUCUUUGCCGAAGUGUUCACCUAAAUGUGAAGUGUUUUUUCGUGGGGUCUCCUUUGAUACAAAUAGCAUUUUUUGGACAGGCAAUGCAGCUAGAACCUCAAAUUGCAACCUUCCCGAGAGGGUUCAAUUGGAGGAGGUUGCCAGUCCUGGGCAGAAUGCUCCAAUGAAUGGAGAGCAUAUAAAUUCAGUAGUCUCUGAUAUCAUGAAAACCGAAGCAGUUUCUAGUUUUUACAUCCACCCAUAUAUUAGCAAGAAAUUAUUGCAGAUGGAAUUGGGGAUGCUUUUAAAGAAUCCAAGAAACAAUUUUGAUGCUUCAAGGGAGAGUGAACUCUCUCGGUUGGAGGCUUCUUCCAAUGCCAGUGUUUGCUGUAAUCACCUAAAUCAAGAUUCAAAGUGCAAUAACAUGAUUUGCAAAUCUGAUGGAUUACAUUUAGACCAGUUGAUUACGGCUAUGAAAAUGGGAGUUUUAGACUCAUCUCCAGAAGAUGAAGUGGAAGGAGAAAUUAUUUAUUUUCAGCAUAGGUUACUAGGCAAUGCGGUUGCAAGAAAGCAGUUUACAGAUAACUUAAUUUGUAACGUUGCUAAGAAUUUACCACAGGAGAUUGACAUGGCACGGUGGCAAAGAUGGGACUCUGUGCUUGUUAAUCAGUAUCUUGGUGACCUUAGAGAGGCCAAAAAACAGGGUAGGAAAGAGAGAAAGCAUAAGGAAGCACAAGCCGUGCUGGCUGCUGCAACUGCUGCUGCUGCAGCAUCCUCUAGGAUUUCGUCAUUUAGGAAAGAUGCGUAUGAUGACCCAGCUCAACAGGAGAGUUCAAUGAGUUUGAAUACCUCUAAUAGUGGGAGGUCUGGCAUCAGCACGCAGUUGAUGCCUCGGAAAGAGACGCUUUCAAGGCUUGCUACCCCAAGGAUUUCAUUAGAAAAACAAACUGAUUUUGUUAAUUCAACAUCUGAUCUUUCUAAGGAACAUCCUAGAUCGUGUGAUGUCUGCCGUCGGUCUGAGACAUUACUAAAUCCGAUAUUAGUCUGUUCGAGUUGCAAGGUUGCUGUUCACUUGAGUUGCUAUCGUAGUGUUAAAGAAUCUACUGGGCCAUGGUACUGUGAAUUAUGUGAAGAGUUAUUAUCAUCUAGAAACUAUGGAGCUCCAACUGUCAAUGUUUGGGAGAAGCACUUUUUUGUUGUGGAAUGUGGUUUAUGUCGUGGCACAACUGGUGCUUUUAGGAAGUCUUCAAAUGGUGAAUGGGUCCAUGCCUUUUGUGCCGAGUGGGUCUUUGAAUCAACAUUCAGAAGGGGCCAAGUGAAUCAAGUUGAAGGAAUGGGGACAAUUUUGAAGGAGGCUGAUGUUUGCUAUAUCUGCCGUCGCAAACUUGGUGUCUGCAUAAGGUGUAACUAUGGUAACUGCCAGGCCACAUUUCAUCCAACAUGUGCCAGGAGCGCUGGCCUAUACAUGAAUAUAAAGAAUUUGGGUGGAAAGUUUCAGCACAAGGCUUACUGUGAAAAGCAUAGCUUGGAGCAGAGGGCAAAGGCUGAGACCCAAGAACAUGGGAUUGAGGAGUUUAAGAGAAUCAAGCAAAUUAGGGUUGAAUUAGAGAGGUUACGCCUUAUCUGUGAGAGAAUAAUCAGACGUGAAAAAAAGAAGCGGGAGUUGGUUUUGUCUUCACAUGAUAUACUCGCUUGUAAAAGAGAUCAUGUUGCUCGUUCUCUGCUUGUUCAUAGUCCCUUUUUCCUUCCUGAAGUUAGUUCUGAAUCAGCUACAACAUCCCUUAAAGGGCACACUGAUGGGUAUAAAUCAUGCAGUGAUGCAAUCCAAAGAUCAGAUGAUGUUACUGUCGAUAGCACAGUUUCUGUCAAGCACCGGGUUAAAGUUCCUGUGUCCAUGGACAGUGACCUGAAGACAGAUGAUGACAGUUCGACAUCCCAAAUUUUUCUGACCAGAAAGCUUACAGAGAGGGCACCGUUUUCUGGGAAGCAGAUUCCUCAUAGGCCUUCUGUUGCAUCUCCUAAUCUUUCGGAUGAUGCCGGAUGGAGGUCAAAAUCUAGAAAGCAGCAUGCUGAGACAUUUGAAAAAGAGCUCAUAAUGACUUCAGACCAAGCAACUAUGAAGAAUAUGCGGUUACCCAAAGGAUAUCAGUAUGUUCCUGCUGAUAUCCUUCCGACUGGAGAGCAGAUCAACCAGGAUGCUUGUUCUGGUGAGCCGGUGGAUCGUCAUGGAUAGAGUGAGGCUUCUUCUGGGUUUUGAUUAGCCUACUUAGGCUGUAAUCCAGCAAUGACAAAUCUUCUGCCCAGAGGCUGCCAUCUUCCUCUGGAUAGAGAAUGGCAAAAAUGAACGCCAAGAUUGGAGGGUAGGAGGGUUCUGGCCAGUGUGCUCAUAAAUAGGAGCAAGCUCUGGUUUGGGCAGAGAAAUUUUGACAAAAUUGUUGUAUAUUCAUUAUGAGUAACUGUACAGUGGGUGAGGGUUCAUUUCGUUUACAUGUAUUGGAAGGAUUGAUGCUUGUCUCCUGUCGAAGAGGUGGGAUGGAAGCUCUGUUGUCUAUUCUAUACGAGGGAAUUAAAGAAAAGCGUAUCACCUACUGUGCCUGCUCUGUAAAAGUUGGGUGUAUAUAUUCCUUAAAUAUGAGAUGGCGCUCUGCUACAUAUUGAUUA